AUUUUUUUAUUAAGAAAAAAGAAUAAGAUAAGAUAAACAAAUAAUUACAUAAUUUUGCUUCAAGUUUUUAUUUAUUGACAAAAAAUAACAAAACAAUAAAAUAUAAUGUUUGGAAUGAACAAAUAAUUAUAAAAAAUUUUCUUCUAGUUAAUUAUCUGUGGAUAUAAAUAUGAUAGAACAUGAUGAACACCUUAAAAUAUAAAAUAAUAAACCUCAUUUCAUAUAAGAAAAAUCUCAAAUAUUGUUGUUCUGGUUUAAAAAUAGGUUUAAUACAUUUAAAACAAUAUACAAGUAAAUAGAAUUUUAUACAAAAAAAUUAAAGUAUACUUUAUAGAAUGAAUCUAUAUUCUUAAAAUAUGAUUUAAUACAAUAAAAAUAUCUAACGAAAUAAAAUUUUAAAAGCAUUCGCUAGGAACAAUCAGGAAAUUAAAUUUCUAAAAAUAAUUACAGAGCAAUAAAUAAAAAUCUUAUCAAUUGAUUAACUUUAGCAUUUUUAGAUCUAUGAGUGGCUGAUAGGCCAACUUCUCAUCGAUCACAAGUUCUACUGUGAGAUCAGGAUUCCGUUCCUGAAAUAAAAAAUAAUAUAAAUUAGAUUAUUCCUCAUCUUAUUACAAUAUUUAUUGCUAGUAAUCGAGUGAAAUUAGUUUAGAAAUAAACCGUAUUACUCCUUCAGGAAUAAGUGCAGGUCCUAGAUUACUUCCUGGUGGUGGUGGGAGAAACCGGCAAGUAACCAUUGUGGUCCUUUUUGCUAACCCCUAAAAGCCACUUAGAGGAGGUUGUUGCAACAUACUAGACUUGAGUGUCAAGAUUUAUUUCUUGAGACCACAGAGAAAAAAAAUAUUAACUGAGCCAGUAUUCAUGAAAUUCACAUAUCAGAAAGCUUGCUAUCACUCAAGGACAUAUGAGUACUCAUUUGACCUUAAUCAAAACUUAAUACUACAUAACAGCUGUUCCUAAGAUAAGGAAUUAUCUAGUAUCAGUGGCAUUAAAUAUCAAGAAAUCUCACUUAGUACAGCUCAUAUUGCCCUAAUCAUGGAAGAAAUAAAUAUUCGAAAAGCAACAAAAUGUGAUUGCACUGAAAUUAUGAGACUUGUAAAGGAAUUGGCUGAAUUUGAAAAUAUGCCUGAUCAAGUAAAUCUUGAUGCUGAGAGCAAAAGUCAAGUUGUAAAGGUGUUCAGAGGUUGGGAAUGUGGAACUGAUCACUUUAUGCUCCGGACCAAGAUUCUUUUCCUGUGGAAAGUUGGACGGAGUCUAAAAGCGGGCCGCUGCAAAGCAGAGAGCAUCACCUUACCAAAGUACAAACUGUAUCUUCUUAUGGAGGAAAGUGCUGGGAUGUUAUACGGAAGUAGAUUAGAGGAAAAAAUAGAUUUGAGCCGGGGAAGCAAUCUUUCGGAAAAAUAUGAACACUUAAGGGAGUGCAUCCACUCAGCAGCCUGGGUGGUGUUAGGAGAUCUGGACUGGAUUGCCUAUAGAGCUCUGAACAAACGUGUAAAAGACGAGGUUGUAAAGGAGAAGAAUAACUCCUGGGAGAGAUGCUGCCAGAAAAUAGAUGGAGCACUAGGCUUCAAUCAAAUGAGAGAAGUUUGGAGUAUUUUGAAGAGCUUGAGGACACCACGUAUAGGCACGGUUAUUUCUUAUAUCACAUUGGCCAAAGAUGGGUUCGAAACAAAUAAUCCUCCAUUCCAUUGUCUAGUUAUUGAUGAGCCAGAAAAUAGCGGAAAUUCAGAAGACAAAGCUCCAAAACUCAUUGGAUAUGCACUAUACAGCUUUACAUAUGGGACAUGGGAAGGAAAAAGAAUGUGGCUGGAAGACAUAAUGGUUACGAAUAAAUACAGAAUCAAAGGGAUAGGGAAGAGGCUUUUUUCAGCUGUAUGCCAGAAGGCAUUAAGAGAAAAUUGUAAAGCUGUAAGAUUUGUAGUUCUAAAAUGGAAUCCCGCUAUGAAAUUUUACCAACAGUUUGGAACCACUAAUCUAACUGAAAAAGAAGAGUGGCAGUUUUCUACACUUCAGUACGAAGAUGUUUUAAAAGCAGCUAAUCUGUUUAAAUAGUAAUCAAAGUAUAUCCUUUUUCAUGUUUGUAACAGAUAAUAAUGGCAUAAAAAUAACACCAAAUGAUUUGUCAAAAUCUCAUGAUUUAUAUGCAGCUAUAUAUUUUUAUUAUUAAAGAAGAAAUGGAUUUGUUAAAUUCCUAGAGAUCGAAUUAUGUGCAUUUUUAAAGUACAGCAAAUUAAUUUUUUUAUAUAAAUAAUUGUUAGUCGAGCCAUGU